AUGAAUCCCGACUGCCUCUGCCCUCCAGAAAGUCCGACGCGGGAGUUGGUCCUCUGUUUCGAUGGAACAGGGAAUACCUUUCGCGCGGAUGGUGGAGAAAGCAAUAUUUUGAAAAUCUUCCGCAUGCUGGACCGCAAAAAGAAAGACAGAUUUUGUUACUAUCAACCUGGAAUCGGAACCGAGGACAUGACGCCUGGGAAUGUCGCCAACAUUCCUAUCCCAUUCAGCAACCGUCCUAUCUACAAACUCAUUGACUCAGCAUUUGGCACCUCAUUUGCCCAACAUGUUAUUAACGGAUACCGCUUCCUUGCCCGCCGCUGGGAGCCGGGAUCCCACAUCUACCUAUUCGGGUUCUCGCGCGGGGCAUACACAGCGCGGUUCCUUAACGAGAUGCUCGACUUUAUCGGGCUGACCUCAGCAGACAACGAGGAGAUCAUUCCCCUCGUCUGGAAGGCUUUCAUUUCGUGGAAGUUCGCCGACAGCGGCAAACCCGCCGACGACGCCGACUUCAUCAUGCGGAGCUUCCGUGACACAAUGUGCCGGUCGGUAGGCCGAGUCCAUUUCCUCGGCCUGUUCGACACGGUCAACAGCGUCUUCGCCAACGAGGCCCGCAAGGACCUACGAACCCACCCCAAACCGCGCAUUAUGCGACACGCGGUCAGCAUCGACGAACGCCGACGCAAGUUCCAGCCCGUGCUCUUUGAAAAGCUACGUGCCCAUGCCAGGUCCGCCCGGGCAAGUACAUGGGUCCAGCGUGCAGAUCUCGAGUACUGGGGCAAUAACGGCUUCAUUCCCCACGCGGACACGGAAUUCGAGGAGGUCUACUUUGCCGGUAGUCACAGUGAUGUCGGUGGUGGAUGGCCCCGAGAAAACGGACGGGACUGGUCGGCCAGCCAAAUCCCUCUGAUGUGGAUGGUGGAAGAGGCCAUUGAUGCCGGACUGACCUUUGAGUCGGGACAGUUGCACAAACUGGGCUGUUUCAACUUCAAGGUGUCAGAAGAGUGCAAUAAAGACGUGAUGUACGAAGCAGAGCGAGCAUUCCUGCACAACUCUCUGAUGUAUGACUCGGGCGACCCGUUGGAGACAUUGAUCUGGCGCACGAUGGAAUUCAUGCCGAUCAAACGACCCAAAGUGGCGCCCGACGGGACAGUCACCAUGUCGCGAUGGCACAUGGGCGGCGAACGACGACUCCUACCAGACGGAGCCAAGUUACACUUCAGCGUGAUCGAGCGGAUGAAGCGGGACCCGGACUAUCGGCCGUACGGCCUGGGAGUGGGGUAUCUGGCCGAGGUAGACGAGACAGUCGACAACUGGAGACAUGUCAUCCACGACAAGGACGGGGGACAUGACAAGGUGAUUGAGAAUGGGGAGGAGGAGAGCCGUGAUCGACGACGACGAACAUUAUGUGAAUACUAUUUAUGGAAGCGACCAGAGAGACGCACUCGAAGGGGGUCUCGGCGAUCAUUUGUAUAA